AUGACCCCUCCCACCGCCUCCUUCGCCGCCCCCGCCGGCCCGCAGCUGGGCAGUUUCCAGCCCACCAAGGGAGCCUUCCACCCCUCUGCCUCUGUCACCACCAGAUACGAGCAGUAUGUGCCCAUCAAGUCCGGUCAGGAGCCCAUCGAGGACUUUUCGGGCAACUACCGCUUUGCCGAGAUCAAAGAGUCGCACACCUCGCGCGCCAUGACUUCGCGCUACAUGACCGACAUGAUGGACGCCGCUGUCUCGGAUGUCGUUGUCAUCGGGGCUGGAUCUGCGGGUCUUACCUGUGCCUAUACGCUUGCUAAGCAGCGCCCCGAUCUGCGCAUCACGAUCCUCGAGGCCUCCGUUGCACCCGGUGGUGGCGCUUGGUUGGGUGGUCAGCUCAUGUCCGGCAUGGUGAUUCGCAAGCCCGCCCACAACCUCCUCGUCGAACUCGGCGUCCCCUUCGAUGACGAGGGAAGCUACGUCGUCGUCAAGCACGCAGCCCUGUUCACAGCUACGCUGAUGAGCAAGUUGCUCGCCUUGGACAACGUCAAGUUGUUCAACGCGACGUGUUGUGAGGAUCUGAUCAUCAAGAAGGAUGCCAGUGGUGCCCAGCGUGUCAAUGGUGUCGUGACCAACUGGACGCUCGUCACCAUGGCCCACGGUCUCCAGUCCUGCAUGGACCCUCAAACCAUCACCGCUCCGGUCGUCAUCGGCGCCUGCGGCCAUGACGGCCCCUUUGGCGCCUUCUCCGUCAAACGCCUCUCCAGCGCCGGCCUCAUCAAGCUCGGCGACAUGCGCCCCAUGGACAUGAACAAGUCCGAAGGCCUCAUUGUCAACAACACGCGCGAGGUCUUCCCCGGCCUCAUCGUCAGCGGUAUGGAACUCAGCGAGCACGACGGUCACCCCCGUAUGGGUGCGUCCUUCGGCGGCAUGAUCGGCUCCGGUCAGAAGGCCGCCUACGAGGCUAUUAGGCUCUUUGACAGCCUCGAGGUCGAGGAUGGCGAAGUUGUCGGGCUCAAGCACUGA